AUUUUAAGCCUGCUUGGUACCCUUUAGGAGCACAAGCAGGAAAGGCCAAUAGCAAAGCCUCACUCAGUUCCUCCAUAUCGACAUCUACAAGAAGCCAUGGUGCCCAUCGUCAAAGUCUAGCAAAUAAUUCCUUCUUCGUCCAAUCCUAGCGCAACAUCUUCACCCCUGAGUGUCACACAACCAUGGACGAGAACGGACAGAUACCUAACUUCUACUUCGGCGCCAACGCCCUCGUCAGCCCUCCUGGCAAUAAUGUUGCCAUUGGCUCGGUUUCUUACGAUCAUGACAGCGUCAUGCGGGAUAUCCAGCCAAUUACCAACCAUUCUCCACUUGCGCUGUCAAGUGUAGAAAGGUAAGGUUUUUUUUUGCUGCUGAUAUAUUGCUUGGCGGUGUUGCAUGGCGGAUGUGUAGUAUUUCACUUUGCAUCGAGUGUCACGACAUAUUCUCGAACACGACACAGCUUAACAAGCACGCCAAAGAUUCUUCUCACAAAUCACACGGCUACAUCUGUGGAGCUCAAUUCAGCCGACUGGACGCCCUCAAAAGACACGUUAACGCUAAGCUCAGGAACACCGCCUCGUAUCCCUGCGAAUACUGCAAGCGUCACCAGGGGGCCAAUGGCUUUCACCGUCUCGACCACCUGGUCCAGCACUUGAAAGGGUUCCACAAAUUUGAUGUUGAGGAUAAGCUACCGAAGAAGAGGACGGGCGGUCUCUCUAUCACUGCUUCUUCUUCAGCUGCCUUUAUUCCCGGGGGCGCAACCUUGACUGGCGCUGGAAACAGUAGCCUCGUUUCGAUGCCUCAGGUCCCCCCUUUUCCCUGCACCGUCACCGGCUGCAUCAAAGGGGGUGCAAACGGCUAUGUUCGUGAGGUAGACCUGCUCGAGCACCAGAGCAUGAUGCAUUCGUUUAUGGUCCAGGGCGACAUGCAGUUCCAUCAGCAAGAUGGUUUCUUCCAGUUCCAAUUCUGAUGCCGGGUACCAAGGCAAUGGUUCUGCCUUCGGGGAUAUAUUUGGACUUCUGAGAUGCCACCUCUGGGGACUGGUUACAAUAAACAUACACAUGCUUUCUGAGAAGUUAUGAAGAGGAUGGAUUAGAUAGGUAGCGAUAGCAACACGACA